AUAAAAAAACUAAUUUUUCAACUGCUACUUCAGUGAAAUGGUUAAAGGAAUAUCUCUAAAAAAUAACAACGCACUUUAAAAACUUCAUUCUAUUAAAAUGAACGAAAAAAAAUUGCUUGAUGAAAUUACUGCGUUGCGUGAAUUGUUAGACAUGAAGGAAGUUCAACUAGCUGCAUUAAGGCGCGAAAAACAAAUUUUGCAGGAUUACGGCUUAAGUAACAAAGAAAUAUCAAGAUAUAGUAGACAAAUCUUUUUGCCAGAGAUUGGUAUUAAAGGUGUAUCUUAUUUAUAAAAUAUUAAAAUAUAUUAUCAAAGAGCAGGUGGUCUUGGAUGUCCAGCAGCUUUGUAUUUAGCAUCUGCUGGUGUUGGACAUAUUGGCAUAAUUGACUAUGAUGAUGUUGAGAUUAACAAUCUUCAUAGACAAUUAUUGUAUGCAGAAACAAAUAUUGGUAUACCAAAAGUAAAUGCUGCUACAGAAAGUCUUACUCGCUUAAACAGUGAUGUUAAAGUUACUCCAUAUAAAAUUCAACUAGAUAGUAGUAAUGCUUUGGACAUAAUAAAGUGUUAUGAUAUAGUGCUAGAUGCUACUGACAAUGUAGCUACACGUUAUUUGUUGAAUGAUGCAUGUGUUUUAAGUAACAAACCUUUAGUAUCUGGAUCAGCAUUAAGAUUUGAGGGUCAUUUAUCUGUAUUUAAUUAUCAUGGACCUUGCUACAGAUGUAUAUUUCCUAAACCACCUCCUCCAGAAACAGUAACAAAUUGUGGGGAUGGUGGUAUUAUUGGUCCAGCUGUUGGUACCAUUGGUGUCUUACAAGCAUUAGAAGCUUUAAAAAUCGUACUCGAUCUUCCACAUGUUUUAUCAGGUCAACUUCUAUUAUUUGAUGGACUAGAAACCAAAUUUCGCAAUAUCACUUUGCGUGCUAAAAAUACAAACUGUGCCGUUUGCGGUGAACAUCCAACUGUACAAAAAUUAAUCGAUUAUGAGCAAUUUUGUGGUGCAAAAGCAAAUGAUAAAGAUCCAAAAUUAAAUCUAUUAAAAAAAGAAGAAAGAAUAAGCGUAGAAGAAUAUAAUAGGACAUUAAAAUUAAGCACAGAAACUCAUAUCUUAAUCGAUGUACGUUCUAUCGAGGAAUUUGAAAUUUGUCAUUUGAAAAAUUCUAUAAAUAUACCAUUAAAUGAUAUUAAUAAGAAUGAAAACAUAACGUUAAUAAAAAAUAAAAUACAAGAAAUACAAAAAGAACAUGAAACUAGUUUAUAUGUCAUGUGCAGAAGAGGGAAUGAUUCACAAAAAGCUGUAAAAAGUCUUCAGAAAACAUUCAAAGGAAAUAAUUUAAAAAUAAAAGAUAUAAUUGGCGGCAUUCAUGCUUGGAGUAAGAAAAUUGAUUCUACAUUUCCUAUAUAUUAA